AUGCUCUCGUCCGUAUUUCUGUGUACUGGUUAUCAUGGCCACAAUACCAAUGAACACUGCAUUGAAAAAGAUAUGCAAAUAAUGGUCUCUAUAUUCCCAGAGAACUUUUCCUCUGUUGCCGAUGUCCGGAAAAUGUUUACUGAAGAACAAUAUAUAGAACUUAUGCAGAACAAGUUCACCGGGGAAUUCACCAAAAUGGCCGCUCACUCUCAAAUGUGCAACUACGCGACCAUUAUAUCUGAGUAUUGGGUAGCGCUAUUCGACUCAUUUGCCGGUUCGUACGCACUGAUGUGCGUGGCCUUUUUCGAGGUGAUCGCCGUUGUCUACGUUUAUGGAUAUAGACGUUUCUCUCGAGACAUUGACUUUAUGACUGGUUCGACUCCUGGUCAAUACUGGUUGAUAACCUGGCGUUUUGUCGCUCCAAUCAUCAUGGCCGUCUUGUUCACAUGCAGCGUUGUACAAAGUUUCUCAAAUCCAACAACAUACUAUGCUUAUGAGAGAGAAACGACAAAGCUCGUCGAAACCGAGUAUCCGAUAUGGGCGAUGUUCAUCGCUCUUGGUAUGGUGUUGCUGGCCAUCCUGCCCACGUUUAGCGUCUGGUUCUUGCGGUACUUCAAGAUCUGGAAACUUGAGGCAGAUAUUCCGGCGGCAGCGAAAUGUUUGGGUACAACGCAGAGCACGACAUACAUGUUGAAGAGUGAACAAAGUUUCAAUCGAAUGACAGAAUCAAACGUUUCUGUAGCCGAAAUGGAGCCCAUCACCACAACUCGUUAG